UGAUACGUGUUCAUCAGAUAUGCAGUUCGCUGCCCCUACAAUGACUAGCUAUGCCACCGACCCCGAAAUGCUGGAACCCACAAUUACCGUGAUGUUGAUGGUCGAGAAACCCAUAAGCGGAUACGAGAGGCUUGAGAUCAAAAUGCGCCGGAACUCGUCUUUCGGAAAGCUGGCUUCUUUGCUCAGAACAAAGUUCGAUUACGCCGCAAAACAUGUGUUGCAAACUGGCGACCUCGACGAGUGGAAGAUUAUUUUCGAUACCGAUACACCUGCUUCACUGAAGCUCGAGGAUCGCGCACAGCUUCGUUUUGUGCGUUCUGAUAUUGAGCCCUUGGAUGCUUCAAAGAUAUUGUGAGGAAGAGGCUUGUCUUGAGAUAGGUGACUGCACAGAUUGAUCAUGAGAUACGCCGGGCAAGAAGAGACCAAGAGAUAGGCCGUAGGUCAGGAAGGGCAAUCGCAAAGCUGUAGAUGGCAUAAAUUCAUCAUGCAGCAUUUCGUGUAGAGAUUCG